UUUUUAAAAAAUUAUGUAUGAUUCUGCAGCCCCAAGCCAGGGAGAAAGCUGAAAAGGAGGGAUUUGAAGUGAGUGUGGCAAAGACAAGUUUCAAGGCCAACUCAAAGGCACUGGCAGAAAAUGAAGCAGAAGGACUUGCUAAGUUGAUAUACAGACCUGACAAUGGGGAGAUCCUUGGAGUUCAUAUAUUUGGACUGCAUGCAGCAGACCUCAUCCAUGAAGCAUCAAAUGCAAUUGCAAUGGGCACCUCUAUUCAGGACUUAAAGCUUGCUGUUCAUGCACACCCAACACUAUCUGAAGUAUUAGAUGAGCUAUAUAUAAAGCAGCUAAGGUUAAUGCUCAAGUUUCUAGUCCAGCUAAAGUGCCCAUUGCAGUCUGAACCUGGCUAA